GUAACUUUAAAAGUUUAGACAAUAAUAGCAAUUCUAAUAAUAGUGCAUUAACAGAUAGUGAAUAUUCUAAAGAUCUAACUAAAAAUGAUGAAUCUUCAAAUAAUUUUGAAAAUUAUUUUCAUUUUACAUUUGACCUAUCUAACGAUUUAAAACUAAUAAAAGAAGAUCAAGUUGUGAGAGUUUUAAUUUGA